UGAAUUUCAAUUCUUUAAGACUUUUCCUGUUGUUUUGUUUCCCCUUUUUCAUGAACUUGCGUAUCCAUGCAGCAGCUUAGAUUCUCCUUUACAUUUUCCUUUUUCUAUAUAUAUUCUUUCCUUGAUAGCCAAACCAUUUACUUUCUUAUAUUCUCUCAAACGUUGCCCUCUUUGUGCUUGAAAUUUAAAUAAGACAUUGAAAAUUAGUUGAGAAUUUGAAAGAAGAAAUGGAACAACAAUUAGAAUUGGUAGGAAGAGCAUUUGUGGAUCACUACUACAAUCUUUUCGACAAUGAUCGAUCUUCGAUUAGUACUCUGUAUCAACCAAGUUCAAUGCUCUCAUUUGAGGGCCAAAAGUUGCACGGAAGUGAAGAUAUCUCUUCUAAGCUUAAUGCAUUGCCCUUUGGACAAUGCAGGCAUGUGAUUAGCACCAUUGAUUCUCAACCUUCGGCCUUUGCCGGAGCGAUCAUAGUCUUUGUCAGUGGUAGCAUUCAACUUCUUGGAGAGGACCAUCCCCUGAGGUUUAGCCAGAUGUUUCACUUGAUUCCAACUGUAGAAGGAAGCUUCUUUGUGCAGAAUGACAUAUUUCGCCUCAACUAUGGCUAAUUUAGCAUUUGUGUGGAGAAAAUGUUGAUCAAGAGAAAAGAAAACUAGUGUUAAUGUGAAGGAAAUGUUGAAGAGAGAAAAUCAUUUGCUGUAAUUUGAAUUGGUGUGGUGCUUCCUUAACCACAUUGUUGAUUUGCUAAUUGCUUUUGUAAUAUCGGAUGUCAUUUAUUCAAUUUGCGACCACUUCAACUUUUGUCUUUUGCCUUCA